AUGGAGUAUUCAACGCCUCCAAAGCUGCAUAUCGACGAGAGUUGGAAAGUUCGCUUCCUGACUGAUUCUGCUCCGAUGGAUAAGGUCAAUUUCAUCAGAGCCUACGCCAAGGCUCGUGAAGUGGGAAUGACGAAGAAGAAUAUACUCUCCGGCUGGAGAGUUACUGGCAUUGGCCAAUUUCGCGAGCCAAAGCUCUACGGCACCCAGAAAUCCAAGAGGAUAGGCGGAAUGACAGCCCAAAAGGACUCGGAGCCGGCGCCGUAUUUUGGCUCGGAUGAUACACCAAAACCAGCCGCCAGAUUCGCGAUCUUGGGCUAA